CAAGCGCAUGCGCUGUAGUCGCGUUCGCUGCACGACACUUGACUACUCCUGCCUUCCCAUCCCGGAAGUGCUGCCACAGGACCGGAGUUACAAGGAAAGGUCUUGUCGAGCGAAUACAAUGCCGUAUUUGGGGUCAGAAGAUGCCAUCAAAGAUCUGAAGAGAGCCCUGUGUAACCCCCAUAUCCAAGCAGACAGACUUAGAUACAGGAAUGUCAUUCACAAAGUUAUCCGUCACAUGACCCAGGGAGUGGACGUGUCCAGUGUUUUCAUGGAGAUGGUGAAAGCCAGUGCCACGGUAGACAUCGUGCAAAAGAAACUGGUUUACUUAUAUAUGUGCACAUAUGCUGCUCAUAAACCUGAUCUUGCGCUGUUAGCUAUCAAUACACUGUGCAAGGACUGUUCGGAUCCUAAUCCUAUGGUCAGAGGACUGGCCCUGCGGAGCAUGUGCAACCUCAGAAUGCCAGGCAUACAUGAAUAUAUACAACAGCCCAUUUAUAAUGGCCUCCGAGACAAGGCUUCAUACGUAAGAAGAGUGGCGGUUUUGGGGUGUGCUAAACUGAACAUGCUGCAAGGAGACAUGGAAGUUGACGGAGGAAUAGUGAAUGAACUGUACAGCCUACUUCGAGAUCCUGACCCUAUUGUCUUGGUGAACUGCUUACGUGCCUUGGAGGAAAUAUUGAAAGAAGAAGAUGGAGUUGUCAUCAACAAACCCAUUGCACAUCAUCUACUCAACAGGCUGGCUGACUUGGAUCAUUGGGGACAAAGUGAAGUGUUAACCUUUCUCCUUCGAUACAGACCUCGCACCGAAGAGGAGAUUUUUGACAUCCUUAAUCUUCUGGACAGCUAUUUGAAAAGCACGCACAUCAGUGUGGUCACGGGUGCAACCAAACUCUUCCUGGUUCUGGCUAAAGGAUUCCCUCACGUGCAGGUGGAUGUCCUGGCCAGGCUGAAAGCUCCACUGCUCAGCGCCUGCACCUCGGAGUGCAAGGAAAUGUGCUUUGCUGCCUUGUGCCAUGUCCGAGAGAUUUUGCGCAGCUUUCCAGGACAUUUCAGUGCUCAUUACAAAAAGUUUUUCUGUUCCUACAAUGAUCCUCACUACAUCAAAAACCAGAAGAUGGAUAUCUUAUGUGAGCUGGUCAACGAUGAAAACGUGCUCAGCGUUCUCGAGGAGCUUCGAGUCUGCUGCACUGAUGUGUCGGCACAGCUUGCCCAUACUGCUAUUUUUGCAAUCGGUCGGAUUGCGAGAACAUACAGCGAGAACUGUGUGAAAAUCUUAGCAGGGCUUCUUGAAUUCAAGCAAGAACACAUCACAUCAGCUGUCAUACAGACUUUUCGGGACCUGGUUUGGCUGUGUCCCCAAUGCACACCAUCAGUAUGCACAGCUCUUCCUGGAUGUGAAGAAAACAUUCAGGAUAAUGAGGGGAAAAGGGCUCUGAUUUGGCUCCUAGGGAUGCACGGAGAACACAUUCCCAAUGCUCCUUAUGUCUUGGAAGAUUAUGCUGACAAUGUUAAGGCUGAAACCUCUUCAUUGGUAAAGAUGGAGCUUCUAACUGCUUUAGUACGGCUCUUUUUGACGCGUCCAGCUGAAUGUCAAGACACCCUAGGGCGCCUAAUUUAUUAUUCCAUAGAGGAGGAAACCAAUAUGGCAGUACGAGAUCGGGGUCUCUUCUACUACCGACUUUUAUCCACUGGUGUGAAUGAAGUGAAGAAGAUAUUGAACAGUCCAAAAUCUGACCCAUCAUUGGGUGUACUAGUAGACCAAAAAGAGGAACCGGUUAACACAUGGGUGUCAAACUUUAAUACACUGGUGCCUCUGUACGACAUAAGGCACUGGGAUGUCCUAACUUCCAGCUCAGGGAGGUCUAACCUUUCUUGUGCUACUGAUCAUCUUCCCACAGUAGAACAUACAUCAAUUGUGACUUCUGACGUUACAUCAAUUGUGGAUUCUGGAGAAACACCAGAGAAACAGCAGCCUUUCACACUGAUUAGCGAUGUUGCCAUAACUCCGGAGGCAUUUGAGAAGAAGUGGAUGGCCACAGAUUCAGCGUACCGUUUGGACAUUGCAUGGAAAGAGGGUGUUGAUCCAGGAAUUCUGCAAACAUCCUUACACGUGAUGAAUAUCUACACUAUCGCCAAGAGCAAGGCUGGCGCACAGCUGUGGAAGUCCUAUCUAUAUGCACAGGAUACCGAAGAUAAUUUAUUUCUUUCCGAAAUAAUACUUAAUACCGAUACACCUUGCCUGCAAACAAAUGUGAAGACGAAUGCUGAAGGUGAAGGAGCAGUCCAACAGUUUGCUUCCCUUUUAAAGACUGCCGUUGCAACAAUCUUAGCUCUGUCCAGGUGAAAGUCAGCUGUUCGUAGAUGGUGAGGAUAUCAUUGAUGGAAGUGUAGGUGGUAUCUGGUUUGUGAUUUUCUAUACUUUAUUAGCUUCUACCUACUAAAUGCCUUAAUGCAAAACCAUUGGCGUAUACGAGGCAAAGCU